ACAAAGAUGGCGGCCAGACCCGGCUUUCAAAGUCCCAUGCAGCCUCCACAGCCACGAUUUAACCCGCAGGGACCACCGAUGAGGCCAUUUCAUCCACAGGCUUACCCACAGGGAGGCUCCAUGCGUCCAGGAUACCCCAGUCCAGGCCCAGGGGGGACCCCCAUGGGUCAGAUGCCAGGUACCCCAGGGAGAAUGCACAUGAUGCCCUCGUCACAUCAUACCCCCAGUGGAGUGCCUCACCCCUAUACAGGAAGUGGAAGCCCCAGUACUAAGGGCUCAACCUCCAAGUCCAAGGACACUGGCCCCAAGUCUAAACAGGAGUCUUCAGGUGGCAAGUCGAAAGAAACCUCCAGAUCCAAAGAGCAAAAAUCAAAAGAGCCCAAAGACUCCACCAUGCACCGUUCAGGCAUGACGCCAGCCAUGCAGGCGGCCAUUGAUAGGAGGCGCCAGCUGCAGCAGGACUCGCGGACAAUACAGAUGAGCAAAAAUAAAAAGAAGAAGAAGAUGGCAGACAAGAUUCUGUCCCAGCGUGUGCGGGAUCUUGUCCCAGAGUCCCAAGCAUACAUGGACCUGUUGGCGUUUGAGCGAAAGUUGGACUCCACCAUCAUGAGAAAGAGGCUGGAUAUACAAGAGGCGCUGAAAAGACCAAUGAAGCAAAAGCGUAAGCUGCGUAUCUUCAUCUCCAACACAUUCUACCCUUCCAAAGUUGAAGAGGAGGGCGAAGAGACGAUACCUUCCUGGGAGCUGAGGAUAGAGGGACGGCUACUGGAGGAUAGUAUUUCCAAGACUACCAACCCUCCUCAAGCCAAGAGGAAGUUCUCCACUUUCUUCAAAAGUUUGGUGAUAGAGCUGGACAAAGAUUUGUAUGGUCCAGAUAAUCAUUUGGUAGAGUGGCACAGGACCCCCACCACUAAUGAGACUGAUGGUUUCCAAGUGAAGAGGACUGGAGACAAGAACGUCAAGUGUACGGUGCUCCUAAUGCUGGAUUACCAGCCCAUGCAGUUUAAGUUAGACCCCAGACUAGCUAGACUAUUGGGUGUCCACACACAGACAAGACCAGUUAUUAUCAAUGCUCUGUGGCAGUAUAUUAAGACACACAAACUGCAGGACAAACAUGAGAGAGAAUACAUUAACUGUGACAAAUAUCUGCACCAGAUCUUUCAGUGUCAGAGGAUGAAGUUUUCAGAGAUACCCCAGAGACUGCACGCCCUGCUCAUGCCUCCUGACCCCAUUGUUAUCAACCAUGUGAUUCUCCUCCACUCCCCAGCUUCAGGCAGUACCAAAGUGGAAGGUCCAGAUGCUGCCAAGAAAACAGCCUGUUAUGAUAUUGAUGUGGAGGUGGAUGACACCCUCAAGGAACAGAUGCAGUCCUUCCUGCUCUCCUCUCAGAGUCAACAAGAAAUACAACAACUCAAUGAUAAGAUCCAUGAGACUGUAGAAACAAUCAACCAGCUGAAGACCAACAGAGAGUUUCUUCUCAGCUUUGCCAAGGAUCCACAGGAGUUUAUAAACAACUGGCUGGUCUCUCAGACCCGAGAUCUCAAGACAAUGACAGAUGUGGCAGGUAACCCAGAGGAGGAGAGACACACCAACUACUACUACCAACCCUGGGCACAAGAGGCUGUCUGUAGAUACUUCUAUGGCAAGGUACAGCAAAGAAGAAUAGAACUUGAGCAAGCUUUAAGUAUCAGAAACACCUAACACACAGAAAGCACUUGUUCAUUGAUUGUUUCCUGUUGAAGUUGUUCUAUCCAAUAUCUAUGACAGAUAGAACUCUUCAGGCAAGGCCUAUAUUGUAUCUACUGAUCUGGAUACUUGGAUAUAUUGACAUGGAUACAUGGAUAUCCUAACUUGGAUACAUGGAUAUAUUGACAUGGAUAGAUGGAUAUCCUGACAUGGAUAUAUAAUGGCUUGGAUACAUGGAUACAUUGACUUGGAUAUAUGGAUAUCCUAACCUGGAUACAUGGAUAUCCUGACCUGGAAACAUAGAAAUCUGGAUAUUGAUAGUCACUAUUUCUUAAAACAAGUCCAAUAUUGGGACCUGCAGUGUAUUUCUAAGUAUGAAAGCUGAUGCUCAUUACUGACCAAAACAACUUUUGCUUAAAAUCGAAUGAAUUUUUGGGAGACCAGAACUGAAUUUGAAUUGAAUGUAAUGUCAGUGUAGAAGUUAUUUAUAAAUGUGGUUGAAUGUAGCCUACAGUUUUUGUGACACCCCCCCCCCCGGUUACCCACCCCCAUAGUGACCCUCUCCCCUAAGUGACCUUCAUAGGGGACAUAGUCUUCAGGUCGAUAAACCACUGGAAUCACUAUUUUUUGUACCAAAAUUGAUCAAUUUUACUGCCUUAAUUUUACUUAUCAUUUAUUUUCAGUCUAUUUGAAGAAUUUUUGUGACACUUCACUUCACUCAGUGACAAUAUGUAUAGUUGUUUCCUUAUUCAAACACUGGCUGCAGUGGUUGGUAUAUUUUUCUGUGUAAACAGUGGUUGUUUUAUACUUAUUCUAUAAAUCCUGCCAUUGCAGAAGAUUAAACUUAUGAAAAGUGGAAUUCUAAUUUCUUCAUAUAUAAUUUCAAUAUUCAUAGUAAAAUGUUGUCAUAUUAUGUCACAGCAACAGUAGAUCAAAUAAAAAUGUGAAAAUUA